AUGGAGGUGCCGUAUCGUGGCGAAUGUAAUGUUCGGCGUCAUCGUUUGCCUUAUCCCAUGGCGGUCUCGUACGAGGUUACGGUGGUUAUUCAGCGCCAUCCGUUGUUUAUUACUGCUGGUGAUCGAGCAUAUCGUUUGAACUGCAUUUAUAGACAGGCGGACUCGACGCUCACGCAAAAGAUCAAGAUCAAGUAA